AGCAGAAGAACAAGACGGUGCAGUGUAAUCAUGGCCACAGCUGACGGUGGGGCGAAGCCCCUUCAAAAUGCUAUGAAAAUGGCUAAAGUAGCAAUACAGCUGGACGGAGAGAACAAACACAAGGAAGCUUACUGUGAAUACCUCCGGACGAUAAACUACAUAUCACAUGCACUUUUGGAGGAAGCUGGUUCGCAAGCCUCAGAGGACGGGGACGCGGUGGAAGUGGAGCGGAUGCUGAGGCUGGCUGAGCAGUGUCUGGAGCGAUCCAAGUCAUUUGUGGGGAAGAGAGCCAAGCCCCCCGACCUCCCCGCCGCCGUCUCCGCUUCCUUUUCCUGUUCACCUGGCCAAUUGGAGCCCCAACAGACCGCUCUCCUCCCAGCUGCCAUUGCAGCUAACGCCGCUGACACAGCCCCUCCAUCUGAUACUCCUGUUAAAGCAACAAGCAGCCCGGCAAAGGCCGGUCACCGCAGGGUGUUGUCAGAUGGCGGCUGGGAGCUCUCCCCCUUUCUGCCUCCUGAAGUCUUCCAGAGAGUGCAAACAGUGGAGUCACAGGACACGAGCAAAAACAGGGACCUGACGCCCAUUGAAGAAGCGUCACGUUUGAACCAGAAGUUGAAAGCCAAUUAUGAAGCUCGUCUGGCGAGGCUCACACCUGGUCAGGCCCACCAAAAGACGUCUUUGACGCUGUCUCUCCAGCGGCAGAUGAUGGAGAACCUCAUCAUAGCCAAAGCCAGGCAGGAUGCUCUCCAGCGGAAGAUGGAGGAGAGAAGACUGAGACUCCAAGAGGAGGCCAACAGGAGAUUUGCAGCAUCUGGGGCGAUGACCGCAGAGGAGCAAGAGCGGCGUAUUCUCUACACCAAUGUACUGGAAUAUGAGCAAGACCAUGAUUGGCCCAAACUGUGGAAAGCCAACAUGAGAAAGAAUCCUGACGAUGACGCAUUGGUCUCAGGUCUAGUCUCCUACCUGCUCAGCCGGUCUGACCACCCAGUGGUGAAACUGCUGAAGAAACACCAGUACCGGGUCUACAACAAGCUCUACCCCAUCGUCAGUAAAGGCCCCCCCCACAGUCCUGCCCUGCCCCUGAGGCAUUCUUGCAGCACCCACAACCUGCUUCAUCCAGAGACCCAGAAGAGGCCAACCAGGGGCAGCAGCGUCGGUGGCCACAGCUUCAGCACGGGCUUGUCGCCCUACCCCUCACGCUCUCACAACCUCCACGCCGACUAUGGCGACGAGGAAGGCGAGGAGCCUCACGAGCAGGCGACUGUGGAUCGGGAGAACUCGUUCGAGGAUCUGGAGCAGUUCCUGACCCAGUUGGACUGGGCCCCGCUCCACGGCAGCACGGACGACCCCGGCUUGGAUUCAGAGCUGACCUUCGACCCCGAUAUGCAAUCAGAGCAGGAAGAGGGCAACGCGCAGGAGCUGGAGAUGAGGGCGCUGACGGAACACCUGAAGGUCGUUGUCAAGGACAUUCACAUCGCAAUUGAUCAGCUUCUGUCACUGUGUUUGCUAUCCUUUGAGUGUCUAAACACAGCCAGCUCUAAAGACCUGUGCCUCGCCAGCAUAGAGGAAGCCUUCUUCACGCCGCUGUGGAGCGCCCUGGUGGCUCUUUUCAGGAGGGUCCACAGGGAAAGGGAGCAGGCCUUUGAGGCGAGUAUGAAGCUGUACCAGGAUGCUUCGCCAGCGGACCUUGGGGUCCCCUUGAAACUGUUCCCCGGAGACCCCGGUGCACUGCAGGGUUCCUACCCCUACGAGUCUGCUGUUCAGGAGCUCAAGCUUCUCAUCAAAGACUGCUGUCCGCAGAGGAAGUUGGAAUGUAUUGUUCGGACAUUGCGGCUGAUCUGUGCCUGCGCUGAGGAUUACAGGUGCCUUCAUGAGGUGGACUCUACCCCAAAAACAGCCGCCAUCGGCGCGGAUGACCUGUUGCCCAUCCUGUCCUUCGUGGCUCUGCGGUGCCAGUGUCCUCAGCUGGUGUCCGAAUGCGCCGCUCUGGAGGAGUUCAUUCAUGAAGGCUAUUUGAUAGGAGAGGAGGGCUACUGUUUGACCUCCCUGCAGAGUGCCUUGGCCUAUAUCGAGUCCCUGCACUCAGGAGGAGCUCAUCAUGCUGCAGACAACCCCUUUUGAAAAGGCUGCUGCGGUCCUAUGAGAUCCUCCCGACUUCCUGCUGCACUGUCGAGAGACCACAGCUGAACCUGCGAGUUGUGAAGACUCAUGUUAACUUGUACACACAAAGACACACUGCAGAUUUCACAAAAGGACUUCUUUUGGCUCGCUUUGCAACCGAGGACUAAACCCUUGCCUAUGAGUUGUUUCUAUACAAAUCAGGAACUGAGCUUUGCUCAGACCUCUGAGGAUGUUUGUAAACUGUAGAGCAUUGCUGAAUUAACUGGCCCUGGAUUGUUAAAGGGACUCUAUGAGGUUGAGAAUGGUGUCCUUUUAGGGAACCUUUGGAAGUGAAGCUGUUGACCUGCAAUAUGGUUUACUAAUGAGGGAAUAUAUUUGUAAACCAUAUUGCAGGUCUUGCGCUUUUUUCCCCGAAUCAAGCCAACCACGCAUGCUUCGACUGAUAUUUGUCGUGCUCAGAGUACGGUAAUAGUAUUUCAUCUUAUUAUACGCCAUGUACCCUGUGGCCUUUUUUCUUUUUCACAAAAAUAACAUUCAAACUUAUAAUUUAGACAGCGGUUGCAUUUCUUUCUUUAUGCGUGUGUGUUUUUAAGACUGGUGGCAAAAUCCAUCCACUGACUAUGAACACAAAAUAUGAAUUUAUGCACUUUGGGUGAUGAAGCCCUCAGGGGUGAGGCUACACUGGAGGAUGACUUUCAGUUUACACAGAUCUAUUUGCAGAGAUGCCAUCUUACAAAAAGUGAGACACUGGAGGAGCACAGGAAUGGUUUCAGCGGGGUGACAUGUCUAGGUUGUUUUGUGUUUGUAUGGAACACCAUGUUGGUUAACAUUUAAGUGAGGCAUACAGGAACAUGGUUGGGUAGUACUUUAUGUAAGUAGUAACACAGUUGCACUUAGUUAGUUGGUCCAUUUCUUUUAAGUGUGUGUAUGUGUGUGACAAUUUGCAAGCCAGGCCACAGGGAAACGAUCUUUUAAUGCCAGGAUUCAAAAUCAACAAACUGUCAGAGGAAAGCUGAAAGGUCACUUCAUUUUCAGCUUAUUUUAUACUUUUCACUCGUAUCCCAAUGCUUCCAUUUACAUCUACAGUUUACCCAAAUUCACAACCAUAGAAUGGGGGCAAAAUGGCAACCUAUAUAUUUUGAAAUGGAAUAUCCACCUGUAGAUCUUGGGGCGCCUAGAAAAUAUCAGUUCUUUACUGAGAUUUGACAUUUUUGAAAUGCUUUUCUUCAGAGUCAUUUGAGCCGUUUAAAUGCAUGUGGACACCAAAUUGGAUGUUUACUUGAAAGGAUCUGGUGUUGCGUUUUUUAUUUUUAUUUUUCAGCCCGUUACCUGCAGAUCAAGUUUACUUGAGUGACCAAUUAUGAAUUCAUUAUGGUGUCCUCCAGUAGAUGAUGGCCAGUGAUUUAAAUUGGUGUGCGUGGUGUGUAAUAAAUAGGCGGCUAAAAUUUGCAAAAAUAAUGUUUGCUGUGUUUGAACGACCUGAAGCAGACUGUCAUCUGGUGUAAAAGACUGAAAAACUACAUUUUUAUAUGUUGUCAUUUUAUUAAGUUUGGUUUGCUUGUUUGCUUGUUUGAAUUUAAUAUUUAAUAUUUUAUUUUUAUUUAGCAUGGGUCCAAAAGAUGUGAAAAGAUGUCCUAAAACUGAUUUACUACCUACUUUUUGUGACGUUAACACCAAAAACUGACUUAUGUGUAUGUAAUAAAUAUGAAUGUAAUUAUAUUGAAAAUUGUAUUUUGCAAAGUGGAUUUGUAAAUGAUUUAUUGUAUAUUUUGCUUUUGAAAACUCCAUAUGAAUGUUGUUAUUUCAUUAUUAAACUGUUUUUAAUGUGAAAGGUUGGGAAUGUAGGAAUGAGAACGAUGAAUGUGUGUUUGAGAAAUGGGUAAAUAAAGAGAACAGAAAUAUUUAAGUCAA